AUGAACACAAAAUUGCUUCAGAAAAGGAACAAAAAAGUUCGUGAAAUGCAAACAAAUGUGAAUCGUGGGGGUUCGAGCUCGUAUAACAGUACUUCCUAUAAGAAGGAGUUACAGAAUCGCUUAGUUGAAGAGCUGUUAGAACAAACUCUAGGUGCAAGUGAGUUAACACUCACUCAAGAAAGAGUUGCGUUUGUGAAAGUAUUAAGAGAGCGACAUGGCCAUAUUAAAGGCAUUAGCCGUAAACCUUCCAUUCUGCCGCCGAUUCCACAACCUUCGCAACCAUCACCACAACCAUCACAGUUGGAAAAUCUUCGUGCAAUGCUCAGCGACCCGGCAUGUAGCGAUGAACUUUAUUCGUUUUUUCAAUCCCAAAAUAAACGAGGAAACGAUGAGAACGAAGAUGAUGGUAUGUAG